GUCACGACUCCUGAUGAUGUGGAGUAUCCUCGCAACCGCAAAUGUGAUUAAGUUACUUGUUGUUUGGCAUUGGAUCCUCUCCAGGACUUGUGUUUGUUCUCGACUUCGCUCUUCUCACACUUCUUUAUGAAGAUGUGAUCGUCUCAACGUUUGGUCAUGAUCAGUCCUUCCUGAUCCUCGCAUAGACAUGAUUUUUCGUGGGAUGCUUCUGAUCGCCAUCACUCGAGUUUUUUUUGUUGGAGGACAAUGUUCUAGGUUUCUAGGUGUAGCUGUAGGUCGUGUGUGAAAAAGUAGGUCUACUUUUUACAUGAUGUAGUUUGUCUAUGAUGUCGGCAACUGACAGCACUCACUAGGGCUAGGCUGUUCAUGAAAGAACAUGGUCGCCUGAUUAGUAGGUGUUUUUUUGUUCCACAUCCACAUGGCCCCAAAGCAUGAGCCCACAGGGUGUUUGGAAUGACCAAGCAUGAGCCCGCAGGCUGUUUGGAGCCAGGUGCUGCAACUACAUGAGCGCAUCGGACGGUUUGCCUUGUGUGGUCUCAUCCUCGAAGAUGGAAGACCUCAUGUUUCCAGACUCUUCGAAGGUGGUGUACCUGCUCUAUCCAGUACAAGCAAUACAAGCAGCACAGGUGAAGGAGGCACAACUGCAGGACGAGAGAAAGGGCAAGAUUUUCAUGCCAAGAACUACGGUGACUUCUACGGUGACUUGUGCUCCAGAAGUGCUGAAGAAGAUGCCCUUUCGUCAUCCUCUUCAACAACUUCUGAGGCACCAGACAGCACUGCAGAAAACGAAAACAACGUCCAACCUACGGAAAAAGAAAAGGCCUCUGGCGUCCUCAGCUACUACGACAUCCACGGCAAAGUCUCAGAAUGGCUUGCUGAAACUGAAACGGAAGAUAAUAAGAAUGGUAGGUGGAAUGAGACAAGUAGAGGUACGUCAACAUCGGCAGAUGAUAAGGAUGGCACCAAGCAUGAAACGAGUACAGCGUCAACAUCGUCAGAUGAAGGCGGGCAGCAUGUGUCGUGGGAGACGGGCAGCUCCAGCAAUAACGUCCAGAACCAGAAUGAAAACAAGACCUCCUCAACACCUGCAAUCCGUCCUCGCAUUGUCACCUUCAGCUACGGCCUCCCCCUGGAAGACUUGGCUCCAAAGGCGUUCCAAAUCCGCUACAAGGGAGGCCGAUAUCUACGUCUGAUAGAGAACAAUUUUUUCACCAGGAUGGCGAAUGACGUUGCAAGGGUGGCGGUGAAAGCUGUGGAUGAAGAAACUGUAGUAACUGGUGGCACACAUCAGCAGGAUGAUCCUAAAGACACACACAUCAUCGCAACUGGUGGCACGCAGGAUGAUCCUAAAAGCACACACAGGAGCAACGUAGACAAGAAGAGGAGAUAUCGUUUUCUCAACCUACUCGACAACUCAAUGCUGCUUAGGGAGAAGAAGGAACAGCUACUGCUUUCUGCUGAUAAAUAUGAGAGUCCUACAACUAGCACAAGAACACCAGACGAUCUCUACGAAUGUAGCCUCUUUCAAGAGAUAUUGACAAAAAUUUUGGUGCCACGUGGAGGAGCUUUAAGCUUUGCCUUUGUCGUUCGAGAGUUGGGAUUAGGUCCUGGCGCGGCGCAAACAGUUUUUGACGACCUGGAGCGACUGUAUCAACGGCUUGCAGUGCCUCUGUUGAAGAACGCUCAUCCUCAUCACGACGAUGUUGGUGAUGUAGGAGCUGCUCCAUCAUGCAGUCGUGCUCUAGGUGCAACACUGGGUCUAGUUUUCCCACGACUAGAAAUGUACGCUGAGGAGAGUUCUGUGCGGAUGUGUCGACAGGCGAGGUUGAUAAGUGGAGUUUUAGCUGCAGGUUCUCCCUCGGAACAAGACCACAUGAUGAAGAUGGGUCGUAUACCAGAACACGAAGAUGACGUGUUGAAGAAUACAAUAGAUGGUUCUAGUUCAUCGUUGGGUAUGAAACAAGUGUUGGACUUGCUACUAGAGGAACGUGAAGACGCCCAUCUCAACGCACCUCUCUUUUCGUAUCCACCUGGACGAUUACGAUUUCAGAAUAGGGGAGACUAUGAUCGUGGGCGUUCAACAGGUACUACCGGUGUAGUGGCUACGUGCCAACUACUAAAUCUCAAGGGGUCUCCUUCAAAUAGAAAGAUGAAUGCUGCAGGAGCGGGAGUGGGAAUUGUACUAGAUCACGUGGACGAAGCGACAACUCUUCAUCAAACUACGUCCUCACAUAGUUGGAUCAAAACCUCCGCAGACCUAUGGCAAGCGCAUGAUAGUGUCUUCUUGCCGUUUCUCUACAGUGAGAUCAGAAAGACACUCCAAGUGGAAGCUGACGCAGUGGAGGCACUCAGGUUGGCUCAAAAGUUGGCGUUGGAGGAUCCUGGGAUAUAUGUUUCUACAACACCCUUCAACUCCUCUUCGCCAAAGGUUCCUUUACUAGGUCUCUCCCGCACCGGAUGCGAACUACAAGUUGUGCCAGAUGCGAGGUCAAAGAUUCUCGCAAGCAACUACGCACAGACAGAAGAUACGUUGAAUAACCUUGCAGGUAUAGAAGCUAUGCUAGAAGACGCCACAAACCGGUUAAAAGGCCUUCAGCGUGGCUUUGUGGUUCCACGACUUUUGAUGGUGUUUAGUGCACUGGCUGCAACGACAGUUGAUAUCGAGAGGAAACGACACACGGCCUGUCUGAGACAACGACAUCUUCAAGUUCCUAAUCGUAACCCAACUACGAAGCCAGCAGUGAAGCGGAUUUUUGCGGAGGUUGUGGCACAACUACAUUGGGAAUUGAUAGGAAAGAUGAAGGGAGAUGCGGAGAAGUUUUGGGAAGGUGAGAAUGUACUAGGGCAACGAUGGUAUCCUGAUUUUGAGGUGUUGCGGAAGGACAUGCUGGAUCAUGGAGGAGACGCGAAAAUGCUGAACAAGGCUUGGGAAGAACGCGUGAUAGUAAAGGCUGACGCGGCGUCAACAUCCCCCUCUACCUCUCCAUCCAUGACCAGGAAUGACAAUUAUGCAGAUGGAGGAGGUACAGCUGAAGACGGGAACGAGGACAUUUACAGAAGAGACAUGAUCACAAACCUUUUACUAGACCAGUUAAAGUCAGAUUAUGCUGUUGCCUUCAACGAAUUGCAUGUUUCGGUGCUUUACAGUCAUAACCCUGAAGUUUUAAAAGGACGUACGACGACGUUCGAGGGUGCGGUUGCUCGCAUAGCCAGAAGCCUGGGUCUGAUGUCAAAAGAACACCCAACGUUCAGUGAUAGUGAGGGGGUUGCGGAUUGUGAGGCAAUAAGUAGGAAACAUUCUACUACUGGAGAACGCGAAAUCAGUGGCUUGUUGCGUGAAUUGCAAGCACAAGAGCAACAUCCUGUAGAGCAAGAAAAAGAAAAUAGUGAUACUCGUCCUGCUAUCGACCACUCUCGACGUGCUUGUUGUCAACCACUGUCGGAAUGGCCAGGAUUGCUGGCUCCUGAAGCUGACGCAUUCGGGGGUGAAGACAAACUAGCGAUCGCACAAAAAGCAUUUCGCGCACACCAGUAUCAAAGGCGAAUAUUAUUGAGGCCUGUGGUGCAGAAACACGAAGACUCUCUUGCCCAAGAAGAACAUUCAUCGAGAGACCAUAGACAUCCGAGAGCAGGUCAUAGAACUACAGCUGUUGCAGACGAGUUGAGGAGACUUGCUUCUCACCUUGAUUAUAGGAGAAAUCUUCAAGAGGGGUCAUUGUCAUGCACUCCUGAGAUCAGUCUCGCAGCCCUCAUUGUCCGAAACGUUUCGCUACCGAACAGUCGGGAGGUAGAUGUGGUACGAAGUCAAUAUUUCUCCGACAUCCCGUGUUUACGGGAAGUGUUUUCGAGACCUUACGAAGCUACCUUUUCCUCGCGUCCAGCUUUGACUCGCUUCGCUGUGGGGAUGCUGUUUUUCCUGCGCCAUUGGGAGAUCUAUGCGCGCGAUGAUCGAGCUGAGUUCGCGGCAAAGAUGGCGAGUCAGAUCGAAUUUGUGAACCAAAAUUUCGAUUUUUCAGUACCUGGCACAGGCGGAAAAUAUGCGAGUACAGACAGCGUCAACGCUAGGGCAUUAGCGAAUACGAGGUCAAGGAUACAGAGAUUGCAUGUAUGAGCCGCGGAUAGAAACUUUCUCACGAGACUCGUUGUGCUGAUUGUUCUUCUUGCUAGUCACGUUCUGUGCGUCACCGAGGUUGGGAUGUGUUGCUAAUGUUGUGUUAAGCAGUUCCUUGUUCUAUUUUGGUCAUGAGUUCACCUCAUUGAGGUUCAACCUCAACAUAUCUACCAUCAUCAAAGCCUACCUGUUCCCCUGCAUACUUUCCCAAGAACCGUGCCUCUCCUCUUCUAACUCCCGUCUUUUUACCACGCUACCAGCACCUGCUGAAUCAGUUCCAUUUUCCUGUCGAAUACUUAGCGGUAACGCGCAACUCUCGCGUCUUACUAAAACAUUUCGUAAAGAAAGGGUCUCUGCACUCUGCAGAGAUUGCACUCAGCUUGAAUAGGACAACAGGAACCAGUACUAGUGGUCUUGCUAGUAGCACUACUGAUCCUAGAGCUACUUCCUCAACAGUAAAGCGAAGCCAAGAAAACAAGGAAGUUGCAGUUGAUGUAUCAACAACCAUCAACAUCAGAGUUCCUAAGCGUUUGAUUCAGGUUGGUCCGAUGCGUGAGACUAUGAGAGUUACACUCCCUUCACGGCGACAAUUACCAUCUGACUGGGACUUUUGGCCUAUGGGGGAUGCAGAUUGCGAAAAGUUCAUUCAAGAGAAUCCGAUUAAAGAGAUGCCACAUGCACUGGAUUUUAUGACUGGUGUGAACUGAUACUGCAGUACUAUGCGUAAUAUUAACAAGGGUCGUAACUGAUGCUUAGUACUUCUACUCCAACUGCCACUUCGUGGUAGCACCUUUGAUUCGCAGGUUGCUAUUCUUCUCGUUGAGCUCCUCGUCUACGUCUUGAAGUUAAGUAGUUGUCCCCUGCACUCAUAUUUGCUGGCCUUCUAUCUGCUCUUAACUCCAUCUUCUAACUCCAUCUACCUUCUAACUCCAUCUUCUAGCUCCUCCAUCCCCUAUUUUUCCUCGCUAUCCACCAUUACCAUUUCCAUCAUGAUCUUCUAACCCCAUCUUCCGAACAAAGUUUAUUCGCGGAGCUCACAAGGGUGAUUUCUGCGUGUUGUUUGUCCUUUUUCAGGCAGGUGGUGUGAGUAUUGACAGCGAUGUCAUCCUGCAGGAUGGCAUUGAGACUUUAGUGUCAGACGCGGAUUUUGUGGGUAUCUCAGCCUUCCGUCAAAUCGAUUACGGAAUCCUCGCUGCCCAUCGCUACGACCGCGCUAUAUACGAGACCUUAAAUUAAGGCUCAACCUUCAUGAUUGGUCAGCACUUACAUUGGGGUCACUGAGAUCAUAGAGGGGCCCCCGUGAGCAGAGAAAAGGGGGAAACUUCAUCUAAGGGAAAACAACAAGUAGAAGAGAGGAGGUGUGUACUAGAGGGUCUUGCAGCCCCUUCAGACUGAGGAGUGACCAAUGAGUGUCGACCUUUAAUAAAUAGACAUGUACUCAACCCCCAAAGAGUUCUGGACGGACGUGGAUUUCCACUAUUUGGCGCCAUGCAGCAUGCUCUUCCACCACGUGCAUCGCCUCUAUCAAGUGCCGUUGAUGGUUGCCAACUCUGAUUCUAGGUGGACGCAGAUGAAUGCAACGACUAGUACUACCGUACAUCUACCCCAGAGGAAGAAUCUGCAUCUUUCUUUGGACUUUCGAGUUGUCCUGCUGCCAUCUGCAGGAGCUUAUUCAGAGGAGAACACAAGAGUUUUCCCGAUUAUUUGAAAGUAUGAGUCAUUGAACGUGAACACCUUAGUAGAGAGCUAUUGAACACUUGACACUUGCGCUAAUACUAACUAUAAUGAUUCUUGGCCAAUACAACUAAUGCUUGUUUUUGUCUUAUAGUCAUUCACGCUACGACGCCGAAUGACGCAAAGGCUUUAACGCAAAAGCCUAGCUGUCUCACCGACUGGUGCUGAAUACUGUAGUUGUAACUCAAUGAAAAGUAAGCAAGAGAAGUUGCCAUCGUGCACGGGAGGCCGAGCGGGCAGUAACCACUAGGUUCGGUUCGGCAUGACACAGAUUGUUGAAGCACCUGCAUGUUCGUUGCCGGUCGAAGAUUGGGUAGUGCUAUCAUCUGGGCUAAUUUUUUCGGUAGUAGGAACGGUACUUCAUCUCACGGAUAGCUUGCUUCUGUGUUUGUCGAGAGCCGAGUUCAUUUUCAACCUCUUGGAAUUUUGAUUUUUCGUGUAACCCACACACCGUCCUCCGAAAAACGAAGAUACUGUUGCCACCGACGCCGACUCGCUGGCAACAUGUGACAUCAACGAAUGUUCUUUCUGUUCACUUUCUGUUCACGUUUCUGUGACAACGAACGUUACUUCUUCAGGACAGUGUUUCGCCCUUCCCAAGUACAGCACGGACACGGAGUGAAUAUUCCCCACGACUUCCCUUUUUUUUUUGGUUGGUAAUUCUC